AUGAACAGCGCAACUCCAGACAACGCCAACCCGACCAUCCACUUGACCGGAGGAGCGUCCGCGUCUCGCCGCACCCGCCUCAUCAACCUCGACCUCGCAGACGCCAGCUCGUGGGACAGGCUCGAAGACGAGCUCAUGUACGGGUCAGAUUGGGACAACCUCAUCCGCUCCAUUUCUGAUCCCGAACACCCUCUCACCCUCGAACAACUCGCCGUCGUCUCUUCCGAACAAAUCACCGUCAAUCACGGCAAGCGACCCUCAGUCCUCGUAGAGUUUACGCCGACCAUCCCUCACUGCUCGAUGGCGACUUUGAUCGGCCUCUCGCUUCGCGUGCGGUUGCUGCGGAGCCUGCCGGAGAGGUUCAAGGUGGACAUCAAGGUGAAGGAGGGAACGCACCAGAGCGAGAAUGCAGUCAACAAGCAGCUGAACGACAAGGAGCGAGUAGCAGCCGCGCUCGAGAACAACCAUCUGCUCUCGGUCGUCCAGCAAUGCCUGUCGACAGCCGACAAGCGCGGCAAGACCGCCUGA